AUGGAAAACAAAACGAAGGAGAAGGCUUCAUCUUUAAGAUGGAAAAUCCUUCGUCGAGCUCUUGUCUCCAAUCCCUCUCCUCCAAAUCCAGACGAACAAUCUCAAUUGAGUAUCAAACGCAUUUCACGGAGAACCACUCACGGAUUCAACUUGAUACCCUCUCAUGUAAUCGAUGAUGAACAUAGUUCAAAUAACUGCAAUGGUUCUUCUUCCAAAGAUGCUAGAGUUUGUUAUACUUUGCCAAUACCUAGCGCUCCUCAACUGUUUUUGAGGCAAAGAGUUGACAACCAUACCGACCUCAGUGAUUUUCAGACAUGUAAUAGAUAUAACAUUGACAAUACUGGGCUUGUCUGUAAUUGGCCAUCAGAAGAUGUUCUUGCUCAUUAUUGCUUGUCACAUAGAGAUAUAUUCAGGUCUAAAAAGGUUAUUGAGCUUGGUUCUGGCUAUGGGUUGGCUGGAUUUGUUAUUGCAGCUGUUACUGAGGCAUCAGAGGUUACAAUUUCAGAUGGAAAUCCACUAGUAGUUGAUUAUACUCAGCGUAACAUUGAAGCUAAUUCCAGAGCAUUUGGGAAUACAGUUGUGAAAUCAAUGAUGCUUCAUUGGAAUCAAGAAGAUGUUUCUAGUGUUGCAGACAAUUUUGAUAUCAUUGUUGCAAGUGAUUGCACUUUCUUUAAGAACUUCCACAGAGAUCUUGUUCGAAUUGUCAAGCACUUAUUAUCAAAAACAAAAUCUUCUGAGGCUAUAUUUUUAAGUCCAAAAAGAGGCAACUCAUUGGACCUGUUCUUGGAGGUGGCUGAAGAAAAUGGCCUGCAUAUCAGUGUAACAGAGAACUACGACAAAGAAGUCUGGAAACGUCAUGAGGGGUUCUUGAAUGGUGCAGAUAGGGACUCUUGGCCAAGUUAUGAGAAAGGUCACUGCUAUCCACUCUUAAUCAGAAUCACCCUUUGA